GUGUGUGUGUCUGAGUAAGUUGAUUGCUGCUGCAGGCUGGGUGGCUGCGGGUAGUGACUGGGAGUUUGUCGUUAGUGGUGGGGAGAGUGCUUGUGGGGGGCUUUGAGUCUCUGAGUGUUUGGUGGUGGUGGUGGGGGGCCCUAUGAGCAGUCGGUGAUCGUAGCGGUGCCCGGGGGCAGUGGCUGUUUGUGAGAGGCAGUGGCCGAGGCUGUGUGCCGUAGCUGAUUGUGCGAGGAGGUGUGGGUGGUGGGGGGGUGGUAGUGGUUGAUUGAGGAGGUAGUCGUGGUGGUGGUGGUGUGGGGGGGGGGUACGAGACGGUGGCUGUGUGUGUUAAGAGCGAUCCCGGGGGGAUGUUCCUCUGGGGAGGGGGCGGCUCUCCCGCCCUCCAGCAGCGAGGCGUGAACAGCGUGAGAUUCAACCAGGAUCACAGUCUCUUCUGCUGCGCAAUGGAGAGCGGAGUCAAGGUUUUCAAUGUGGACCCACUGGCACAGAAAGCACAUAUCGACCAGGAGCAGGUGGGCAGCGUGGGGCUCGCUGAGGUGCUGCGGCGCUCCAACCUCAUCGCCAUCGUCGGAGGCGGCAGCCUGCCACGCUUCGCCGAAAACUCCGUGCUGAUCUGGGACGACGCGCGUGGAGGGACCGCCGAGCAGGACAAACUCGUCCUGGACUUCACCUUCACGCAGCCCGUGCUGGCUGUGCGCAUGCGCCACGACGCAAUAUCGGUUGUGCUCCGGAGAAAGAUCCACGUUUUCUCCUUCCCAGACAAUCCCCGGGAAACCUCACAAUUUGACACAAGGGACAAUCCACUGGGCCUGUGCGAGCUGUCUACGUCACUCGAGCGGAGUCUGCUCGUGUUCCCCGGGCUCAAGAGUGGCUUCCUGCAGAUAGUGGAUAUUUCUGCUCUGAAGGGAGCCCCAAAGCGGCCUGGCCUGGGGCCCAACAAGAGCGGUGUGACGGUGAAAGCCCACGAGAGUGACCUGGCGUGCAUCGCGCUCGACUCCACAGCCAGCAGAGUGGCCACCGCCUCUCACAAGGGAACGUUGAUCCGUAUCUACGACACGACAAACGGCGACAGAACUAUGGAGCUCAGGAGAGGCGCCGACUCGGCUCAACUCUACUGCAUCAACUUCAGCCAGGAUGCGUCCUUCCUGUGCGCGUCCAGCGACAAGGGCACGGUGCACAUCUUCGCGCUGAAGCAGACCAAACUGAACCGUCGCUCCGCGCUAGCACGCGUGGGCCGCAAGGUGAGCCCGGCGCUGGGAGAGUACGCAGAGUCGCAGUGGAGCCUUGCAAGCUUCACCGUGCCUGCCGAGACGGCGUGCGCCUGCGCUUUCGGCAAGGGCAACUCCAUCAUCGCUGUGUGCCUGGACGGGACAUUUCACAAAUACGUCUUCACGCUCGAGGGCAGCUGCAAGAGGGAAGCCUUUGAUGUCUACCUGGACCUGGAGAAUGAUGAUUUCUAACUUCCGACGUUGCCGCUUCCCUGCCCGCCCACCCUCCACCUGGCUUCCCUGAACCGAGCCUUGGAAACGCCUUCACAGGCUGAACUUUCUGGGGAGAAACGACAACGGAAGUCAAGCACUGCACGCGGCGAAAUGAUAUUUUCUAAGAAAUCCGAGCAAGCGGUUUGUAAACGGAAGCCUUUCGUUAGGCGACUGCGUGCUGCUUAUGUUGCCGGCAUGCCCCCAGGGUGGGGGUUGGUUUGCAUGGACGGGUAGAACCUCGUUUGGAGCCUCCAAGUAAAAUUGCUGCAAGGAAUGACCUACUGCAGUGCGAUGACGACGAGGCUGUGACUUAAUUUACAAGAGUGGGGCAGCUGUUUGCCAGUUCUCACGGCCCGAAUUUUAAAGUUGUCUGCAUUUCUCAACGUCUUGAGAUUGCAAGUUGCAUUUAGAUGUUCCGCAAGUCUAAAUUUGGAAUGUAAUUGAAUUGUUAAAGAUAAACAAAUGCUCUCGCCUUACUUGUAGGUGAAUUUGCUAAAUAAGUGCACUCUCCUGUGGUUGAUUAAAUAACAUUAAAAAUAAAAUAUUGUAACCAGCGCUUAAUUCCAGCAGCAACAGUUCCAAUACUUAUUUUGACAUGGCACAUCCACCCUAUGCAGAAGUUACGUGAAUAUCGGGUACAAUUGUAUACGUUUAUAAUAGUUAGGCAUAUGCUGCUCUAGUGGUAGUGCUGUUAUGGCCAUAAUCCCUUUACUCCCAAGCCCAGCCUAGCAGCGUUCCAGAAAGCAGUGAGAAUCGAGCCCCGAUUAUAACGUGUGGCCUGGGUGGGGGGGGGGGCCUCGGGCAAAGAAUGGGACAAUUUUAUUCAACUCGGACAAACGUUGGCUCAAAUUUUUAAAUCACGAGUAGUAGGAAAUUAGAAGCACUCAAUUAUGCAUUAUUUCAAGAUGGAUCGUUUCCAGCAGUCGGGACAUUGAUUUCUGCUGAAAUAUGUGGAUGUAUUUUAUAAAAACAAAAAAAAACAUUACACUUGCAAUGCCAAGGAGAUGGUUGUUCUGGUUCGUCUGCUGAUCUAGGCAGGCUUAGUCAGGGCUGGUGCGUUUUGUCGAUGUUCGUAGCGACGGGUGUUCUCGUCACCAUGGGUAAAGACAAACUACUGGAGUUCUGUAAUGUCGAUACGAAUUAGCAACUACUUUUGAGGUAUGUAAUUUAGAUAUAGGUUACGAACGCUACGCAAAUGCAUAUUUAAUGAAGUGGUAGCAUGUUUGUAACUGGUCGAUGUUUGAGCCUGGCGGCCACCCUGGUUAAAUACUGCGAGUGCGCGAGCCAAAAACACAAAGUGCUGUCCCCGUUUGCUUCCAAGUGGACGUUAAAUAUCCCACGACGUCGUUUUAAAACAAUCUUUGGCCAUCUGUGGCCGGCGGCAUCACUGUCCGAAUACGAAACGUUACUCAAUUUAUGAAAUGAGAAUAGCCAAUAGCAACAUCGCCCACCUCCCCUUUUAGGUUGGUGCUGGUGUUCACAUUGUGCUGCACAGGGGGCAGCUGCCUUCAGCGGGGGCUCGGCUGCCCAUGACAUCUCGCGUAUGACACUGGCCUUGCAGGAAAGGGAUCGUAAAGAGGGGCAUUGCCGGUUACAGCCCAAUAAUUGAGCGCAAUUAAUGCUAGAUUUGAAGCUUUCGUGACUGCAAGGAUUCAUACUUAGUUUUUUCGUAAAAAGUCACGUACGUAAAAAAUUAAAUUAACAUUAAUAAAAAUUUAUUAAUAAAAAUCACGUUUCGGAGGCGCAACACAAGUCUCCGUCAUCAGAUGGGACCGUCACUUGAUGCAGCAAAUUUAGCUGUGACAGUCCCACCUGAUGAUGGAGACUUGUGUUGCCUCCGAAACGUGAUUUUUAUCAUUUUAUUUUUUUAAAUUUCAUUUGUUACCUACGUGACUUUACCGAAAAAACUAAGAGUAUGAGUACGCAAUUAAUGCCUCCGCAGUGUCUUGCAAUAAUUUAAAACCGACCAGCAGACUCGGUUCCCACAAUGCGAGAGCAUGAGAUUGUGCACUAUCGUUAAGAUGUUUUCUUUGUAUAUAUUUGCAUUAGAUAAAAAAAUGUGAUUCCUUAUUCCUCGGGUGUAUUUAAGUUGUAGAUUCGCUCAAAUUAUAUUGGUGGGAAUCACAUGCCGACAACAAGGGUUGCCAUUUGCCACCAAGUUGUGGUGACCUUGCCACAGAAUGCUUGUGCCAGACGAGUUUGCACUUUGAGCCAUGUGAAGUGGCAAAUUCUCUGCUGGCAGGACACAGCACUCGAGGUGUAACAAUGCAUGAAUCAAAUAUCGAUUCUUACGCUCACGAUACAUGCAUCGAACUGCACGUUUUAGAACAAUGUUCCCCCCCCCCCCUAUUUUUACGUUGUACAUAAUACAUUAGGGCGAUUCGAACAGCCUCUGGUGGCUGCGACAUUCACUGGCGAUUAAAAUUGAUUCUUGAAAUCGAAUCCUUACCCUGAAUCUCAACAAGUCAUCGGGUGCGAGAAAUCAUUCUACCACCAACCCAGCUUCCACCAGCGAAGCUUCUGAGAUGCAAUGAGAUCAGGCUGAUUAAAGGUGAAUUUAUCUCCGAUAAAUACCUCCCCAGGAUUAAUUUGAAUUAUGGCAGGGGUAGUACCACUGUGGUGAUAUGUUAACUACCUCACUUGGUAUAUAGGUUGUGGGUUUGAUCCCAACCCUAAUGCCUGUAUAUUUGGAGUUUGCAUGUUCUCCCCGUGGUCGCGUGGAUUUUUCUCUGGUUUUUCUCUCCACAUUUAAAAUCAACGUGCGUUUAGAGUAACUGGCUGCUUUAAAUUUCCACGAGCCACUUUGAGCUAUCAUUCGGAGCCAGGUCAUUGAUGGAGAAAUAGCUGUGGGCCUUACCUAGUUAAAAAAAAAAGUUUGGUUUUAAAUAGUUCAUACAUUUUUCGCCUCUUAAUACAAACUGCACAUGCAUAUUCAUAUAUACAGCAUGGUUGCCAUGAGCCGUGUAAUUUACCACCACCGCCUUGUAGCCUGGUGCCUGCCAGCCCAGGAGCACAGUUACACCGCCCAUGCACUUAACAGCCAAGCCACUGGACGGCCGCUGUUCUUGAUUUGCAAACAAAACGACAAUUGUGCAAAGGGGGUUGGAAGACUCGGGACACGGAGGGCACCCCGUGACUCGGCUUAUACAGCGAGCGUCAGUCCCACCCCUGCGGGAGAGUCGAGUGCCGGAUGGUGUUCCUCGUGCCACGAUCUCAUCGCACGCCAUCGGCCACACAGCAUCACUAUGCAGAUCAAGGCACAUUGUAGCUUCGCUAUCAACAGUUGGGUGCAUGAGUGGGUUGUUUUUGCCAUUCGUAACGGAACGGAUGAAAGGCCUUUUCAUUGUACUCGGAGCAUCGGUUUGUAUUUCUGAAUACGAAGGACUGUGUUGUAGCAAUUUUUUUAAACUCGUCAUCGCUGACAUGUCUGAUACCAUAAAAGGAUCAUACGCCGAUAUGUUUGGCUAUGACUUUAGUACCGAUUUGUUGUAUGGUAAUGGAGUUACAUCACGAGAUUGCUGUAUAGCCACAAGAGAUAGUGGCUUGGGAUGCUAUCUAGCAGUGGAUAGGUCAUGGCUGUUAAGUUGUGUGCUUAUACCCCCGUCAAUACAAUUACCUUUUUUCCCAAUCACAACAUAUGUAAAUGCAUGCUUUCACUCACACAAACAUAAGCACACAAUUUACUGUAUAUUUACCCAAGUGCCAAAACAUUGUACUACAUUUUUAAUGCGUGUAAUUAUUUUGAAAUGGAACAUUCCAAUUGAGUGCACUGAAAAUAUUAUAUCUAUUUCUGUUACGUGUAUGACUGUAUAAAUAAUAAAAAAAUGUGCUGUA